GCUAUUAACUUCCGCCCCCCAAAAUCCAAAAGCAGCGCAGCGAGGGAAGCGGUCACGCGCCGCCAUGGGCUACCAGGAUGCGCCGGGCGGCGGCGGGAAGCUAUCGCUCGCCAGCGUGGGCUUCGCCGGCCCGGGCGCGGGGGCAGGAGGGGGCGGCUACAAGGAGCUGCUCGUCAUGGCGCUGCCUCAGGACGACGGCCUCGACGGCGCCAAGGUCGCGGAGGCCAUCGGCGUCAGGCUACCGGACGUCGGAGGGGCCGUGAGGACUGUUUUGGAGAGCAGAGAGGCCAGAGAAUUUGCUAGUGGAGCACUAGCUGGUGCUAUGUCAAAGGCUAUUCUUGCUCCUCUAGAGACUAUCAGGACAAGGAUGGUUGUAGGAGUAGGGUCUAGGCAUAUUUUUGGUAGUUUGGUGGAGAUCAUUGAACAAAAUGGGUGGCAAGGGCUUUGGGCAGGAAAUACAAUCAACAUGCUCCGCAUUAUUCCAACACAAGCAGUUGAACUCGGAACAUUUGAAUGUGCCAAGAGGAGCAUGAUAGAAGCUCAAGAGAAAUGGAAAGAAGAUGGAUACCCAAAGAUACAACUUGGUAAUAUGAAAAUUGAGCUUCCACUUCACUUCUUAUCUCCGGUUGCUAUCGCUGGUGCUGCUGCUGGAAUAGCUGGCACAUUGGCAUGCCAUCCUCUCGAAGUUAUCAAGGAUCGCUUGACUAUCAAUCGAGAGGUUUAUCCAAGCAUUAGCCUUGCCUUCAGCAAGAUCUAUCAGACUGAUGGUUUAGGUGGUCUCUAUGCUGGCCUCUGUCCAACACUAAUUGGCAUGCUUCCUUACAGCACAUGCUACUAUUUUAUGUAUGAUUCGGUCAAGACCUCUUACUGCCGCUUCCAUAAAAAGUCAUCUUUGAGUCGCCCUGAGCUUCUACUUAUUGGGGCUCUUUCAGGUCUCACUGCAAGCACGAUCAGUUUCCCGCUGGAAGUAGCAAGGAAGCGACUGAUGGUCGGCGCUCUGCAGGGGAAGUGCCCGCCGAACAUGAUUGCUGCUUUGUCAGAGGUGAUCCGGGAGGAGGGUUUCCUGGGGCUUUACCGUGGGUGGGGGGCGAGCUGCCUGAAGGUCAUGCCAAAUUCCGGCAUGACCUGGGUGUUCUACGAGGCAUGGAAGGAUAUUCUUCUGUCUGACAGGGACAGGCAGCACGCUUAGCGAACAAGCUGUUUUUGAACAAUGGAGGCGUUGUCGUAGAUGGAGUUUGCUCAUUUUACUGGGAGUUCUGACCCAUUUUCAGUUUUGGGAAUGGGUAGAUAGGAUGUGUUUCUCUUUUCGGCUGAGUGGAAGCAUUUGCUGUGUCAUCAAUUCUGAAUCUGAUUGAUUUAUAGGUUAAGAAACGGACUUCAUGAACUCCUAAUGUAUAUCUAUCAUCUAUGUAUCCUAUAUAAGUGGAACCGCUAAGUGUCUUCUCUGGACUAUUGUUUAGCUAAUCGAGCUGACUCAGACAUAGUUUGGACUUUGGGAAACUCCUCUACCAACCAGUUUGAGCUAGACAUUUCAUUCCAGCAGAGCUCUUCUAAUUGUAUUAUUCCCAACCAGUUUGGGAAACUCAAACUCUUAUUUUGAAAUAUACACUGUUUGCUA